AUGCGUCCAGUACUGGACAGGCCCCUCAUGGAGCGAGACCUUUUCGUUCCUGAGAGGUCGAGAGUGCUCCCACCUUAUAGCCAACUCCCGAGGCGGAUAGGCAGUAUACCGGCCACCGGCGCCGCGCUCGGCGCAGGUGAAGCUGUGUCUCCACCUAGCGUCGACUCGGUUCCUCUUCCACGCCGGAACCUAGCCUCGCGGAGGAGAACUUCUCCACAACUUGAGGAAGACGAACUCCAAGAGCAGAAAAGGCUAAAGGCCGGAUCGGACUCAUUAUCUGAAUCGGCCUCGCCUUCCAACUUAACUUCAACAUCAUUACCAUUCGAAAAAAGAGAAAUACCACCUAUAACGAGACGUAAUACCCCACCCGAUUCACCAUCACCACCACCAAACACACCUCCGGUCGGUAUGAUAGACAUACAGGAAUUCGAAGAGCAGGACCCAGAAGGGGAGAGGGCAUGGGACAACACGUCCUACGCCACCCUCCCCCCUAUACAACAGGAACCUACACCAGGACCAUCCUCGGCGCCACAUUCAUAUGCAGGCGCUGCAGCAGCCCCAAGAAUGGCACCGCCAUCCCCACCACUAUCUGCACAAACGCCAGAUCAAACUACCGGAAGGCAAACGGCCAAGUCCGAAAAUCUUACGGGAUGA